AUGAACCUACCCCUCUUCCUUCCCUUUCCCUUCCACACCUUCUGUGCUUUAAACAACUUUCCAUAUCUGCUGCUCCGCGUUGCUCUGCUCGCAAACUACUUUUCUGCAAUAGAUCUGCCAUCUCCCUGGCUGUCUCAACUGGUCCAUGUGAUCGUGUUGCAGCCUGGAAACACCCGGAUCCCACAUAGCACUAUUGCUGAUCUAUCUUUCACCAUGUCGGACCCACGCGUCACCGUGACGCUCGUCCCCCUUUUCGACGAUACCCACCCUCUACGUACCCUCACCAUCACCGACAAUGAUAAGACCGUGGCCAUCGGACGUGCCUCAAAGCGUGAAGCUCGAAAACGGAACCCUGCAGCAGAGAACGCUUGGUUUGAGUCUCGGGUCAUGUCUCGUGACCAUGCCUUUCUUAACAUACCGUCGGACCAAAAUAUGGUUUUCAUCGCCGACUGUGGCUCAACACACGGAACCUUCUUGAAUGACAGCAAGCUGGUGACAGAUGUGAAUACCCCACUGUACAGUGGAGAUAUCAUCCGAUUUGGUGUCGAUGUCGACCGUGGCCAGGAGGUUUUUGAGGCCAUUGAAGUCCGCUGCAAGGUCGAGUGGCUCAAACCCCAUCCUGUUGCCAUUCCAGAUGAUGGUAUUGCUGUCAAACUGGAUCCGAGUCCGUCAACCAACAGUUUCUGUGUCCCCGAAGAUGAAAGCGAUAUGGAGGCUGCCGACAACGCUAGUGAUGACUCUUCUAAAGAGUCCAUUGCUCGAUCUUGGGACAAUCCUGCUCUGCAGCCUGUGGAUACGUCUCUAGUUUCUCCUAUCUCGAGUGUCCAGAGUGACGAACAUUCAAAGGACGAGUCGGGCGUCGUUUCCGGACGCCUGUCUCCCACCGAGGAGCCCAUCAAAGAGGUUAUGCCUGACGCUAGAACACUGGCCCAGGAUCUUCUUAGCCCGCUGUCUGAUACCAAGCCGGUCUCCGACACUAAACAAUCUCUCACCAAACCUGCCUCUACCGAACUUGCAUCUGCUCAACAAGCACAUGAAGCAGAUACCCUCCCUGCAGUCUGUUACCAGAAAGUACCCGAAAUCCACUACAGCAACUGGACCAUUAUGCGGCCUAUGUUCAUGCGCCUGGCAGACAUGGCUUGGGGUGAAUCCAACAUGAUACCCGACAUCGAUCACGACAGGCGCAUUAUCCACGCUACACGCCGUUGUUCUGUUUCCAAAGAUGCCUACUGGGUAGACGACUCCCCUAGCUUCCGACCUUGUAUUGGAACAGAAGUUUAUUGGGAGCCGGACUCGGAGGCAUCAGACACAUCGUUCCACCGUAUGCCCGGCAACCUUCUUAGGUACUGGGCAGUCGAUAAGCGAAGAUAUUGGAUCAUCUAUGAAGACGAAGGCGACAAGCAGAUGAGCAACUGGGUGUGGAUCAUUGAAAAGCCACUGGAGCUUCUCAGCGAGGAACUGAAGCACCAGCUUGAGACUGAAGCCGAGGUUGACGACCGUCACAAAUGCUGGGUCGUGAGGGCCUGGAAGCCCCAAAUGAUCGGAAAUCGAUGGUGCGAUGUUGCUCCUUACUGGGAUCCGAAUUUCGAUGAAAAUUGGCUCUGUGAUGACGAGUCCGUUGAUUCAGACGAAGAAGCCGAGGGAAGUGAGGGGUACAUGUCUGAGUCAGAUGGUCUAAGUGAUUCGGUCUCAGAGAACUACCGCGACUAUCCAUAUGGGAUGUUCGACAGCGGAUCGAUCCAUGGAGAUGGCUGUGAAGUGUCGGCAGAAGACUCCGGGGAAGACAACAAAGAAGAAGAUUGUGACGAGGACUUCGAGGAAGAUGAUGAGGUCUCUGAUGAAGCCGAAUACGAAUACGGAAACGAAUCCGAGUGUUCCUCUGAGAAUGAGCGUCUUGGACACCCUAUUGCGCAGAAGCCUGAUCUCCCUUCCUUGCUUGAUUUGGAGUAUGCGAAGGGACUUGAAUGUGCCAACCACACUGAUGCCGUCGAAGUGUCCAAGCAUGUACCUGAGGAGGAUAUCCUAUCCUCAGGUACUCUCCAGCGAUUGUUGCAGUGGGCUCAUGAGGCCCAGUCACUGGACUCCGCACGCAACGAGAGCAACACAUUGAUGACACAGACUGCUGCUGGUAUAACAAACCCCGGUGCUCGGUUCCCGACACACGCUGUUUCUGGUGAGCUGCCAAGUUCAUGUCAGAACAAAUACCCACCAAUGCAACGGAAGAUCGAGAGCACUGUUGGGUUGCCGUCCAUAUCCCAUGAAUUUGAGAAUUGCUAUCAGGAUGGACCGUUCUCGACGCUCACUCCCAUGCAAGAGCUGGCAAAAUCGAGAAUAUCAAAGUUGAAGCGUACUGCAGCAGAGAUGCAAUCGUCGUCUGUUGAACCCGGCUUUUCUCAAGAUGCUCAGCGGCUGCCUGUAGACCCAGCCAGCCAGCCAGAUUCCGACCUUAACACAAUUCCCUCUGAAGCUAAGGAUGCGAUCAGCUCUGCACUUGCCGAGAACGACUCCGCGUUUGCUGAGAAUGAUCGUCCGGCAAAGCGAAUCAAGUCUAAUCACCCAACCUCAAAGUCCUUGGCAAGCCACGCCACCACGGCUGUUGUCAGCGCUUUGCUGGGUGGUCUGGGAACUAUCGCUGCGCUCGCAGCCUUGCCCAAUGAAUACUUCCAGUGA